ACUGUUUGAUGUGUGCACCGUGUCACGUACAGACAGAGAGACCAAGUUAACAUUGGUGUUUGAACAUGUGGAUCAAGACUUGACUACUUACUUGGAUAAAGUUCCGGAGCCUGGAGUGCCUACUGAAACUAUAAAGGAUAUGAUGCUUCAGCUGUUUCGGGGACUGGACUUUCUGCAUUCACAUCGUGUGGUGCAUCGGGACCUGAAACCUCAGAAUAUCCUUGUCACCAGCAAUGGGCAAAUAAAGUUGGCUGACUUUGGCCUUGCACGAAUCUACAGCUUUCAGAUGGCUCUAACCUCAGUGGUCGUUACUUUGUGGUAUAGAGCUCCUGAAGUUUUGCUUCAGUCCAGCUAUGCAACACCAGUUGACCUUUGGAGUGUUGGCUGCAUAUUUGCAGAAAUGUUCCGUCGCAAACCACUCUUCCGUGGAAAUUCGGAUGUUGAUCAGCUAGGAAGAAUCUUUGAUGUUAUUGGACUCCCAGAAGAAGAGGACUGGCCUAAUGACGUUGCCCUUCCAAGAAAUGCUUUCACUUCCAGACCUGCACAACCUAUCGAAAAUCUUGUACCAGAUAUUGAUGACCUGGGCAAAGACUUGCUUCUUAAAUGCCUAGCGUUCAAUCCAGCCAAGAGAAUAUCUGCCUAUGUUGCUCUCUCUCACCCAUAUUUCCAUGAUCCGGAGAAAUGCAAGGAGAAUCUGGACUCUCGCAUGCCACCCAGCCAAAACUCCAGUGAGAUGAAUGCAUCCUAAUGCUGACCGAAGAUGAACAAGACGUGUAGCUGACAAGGCCACUGUCCCAUACAAACCACAUAGCUGUUCUAGUGAAGAUCAUUAUUUGGAGGUUUUAUGCACUUAUCUUUUCUUUCGGGAUUGUGCUAGUUUACUUUCCUCAGAGCAACGCAAGGGCCAGGGCUUUGACCUGCUCCCAUUGCAGCUUUAUGUUUGUUUUAGAUUUGUUCUGUUUAUCUACCUGGGAAAACUCCAGACGAAGACAAGCUGCUGACCAGUUUUGCUGCCAUUUUAUCCUUUUAAUAUUGAAUGCUGCCAGUGCGGAGUAGGAUGAUGAAGUCACUGCCAAAACAUGAUGCAAUCUCUCUCU